CUCUAAACAAAUUGAUUUCUCGAUGCUUUGGGUUAUCGCGUAUGUCUUGAGUAUUUUUUGUAUAAUUCGAAUAUGAUAUUUUCGACGUGUUUCCAUCGAUGAUAAAUUGACAAUCACUUUUUAAUUAAAUUGAUCUCCGAGUUUACCAUUUGUGAAAUCAGGUUUUAGCGUCUAAUUAUCCGACUUUACGGUGAUGGAGUAGUGCCAACCUUCACAAGCGGAAUAAUUGGUUUUGUGCUGGUAUACAUUGUUUUAGUGGUACUAACCAAAGACCUUCAGACCCGAAAUCUCAAUCUAAAUGCAUUCAAAGAAAUAUUAUUGGUUGUUGAAUCGAAAGGAAAAAUGGAGUCUUAUUUCAGAGAGGGCAUGCACCAGCACCAGUCCACUAUCUUGUUCUCUAAUCUCCUCUACAUUUGGUUGAUGCCCUAUCUCACCACACCACAUCCACUUCCAGCUGGUGCUCCCUGAGAAACCCUAAAAAGAUGACAGAGAGAGCCUGUUCAACACAAUUUAGCCAACUAUCACCAACUUUAUCCAAAUUUUGGUUGAAUGAAUGAAUUCCCCUUUCACUUUUCCUUUUUCUCGGUUUUUGUUUUCUGAAAUUUCAAGUAUGAGAAUCUUGAUUUUCAAAAUUACAACUUUAUUUUGCCUCUCUCUCUCUCUCUCUCUCUCACUGUAUCUUUAUUCAUCUAAUUAUAGUCCCUAGUGAUUCCUUUGUCCAAGGCCAACCCACCCCAAAGUGAAAAAGAAUAUAUUAUGUAAAAAGAAACAAAGCAAAGCUCACUCUCAAAGAGUACACAACGUAACUCCACUGUCUCCAAAAUCUCUGCUCCAUAUCUCGAGGCUUAUAUUCAUUCUCAUUCCAUGUCUAUAUAUAAACAAACCCAACCCCAAACUUCCCCUACCCACUUAUCCCUCUAGCCGUAGCUUCAUUAGCUUUCUAAAUCACAUAUAUACAUUCCCACCUUUGUUAACUUCGUUUCAUCUCACCUCACUCGACUCAAGGUAAGACGAUAGAUCGUCUUUGUCGAUCUUAUGAGAACAUCCACCACACUCUGAUUACAAACGAUUAAUGGUUUCCUCUAAUGAAAAAUGACGUAUUCUCUUUUUUUGUUUUGUUCUGCGCCAGAUGAGUAGACCGGGGGACUGGAACUGCAGGGCGUGCCAGCACCUCAACUUCCAGCGUCGGGACUCCUGCCAGCGAUGCGGCGAGCCCAGGCCCGGAUCUGGCGGCGGCGGCGGGGUAGUUGACCCGUUUGGCGGCUUUGGAGGAGGUAGGCCCAUGGGAGUUGGGCCCGCUUCGUUCGGCUUCGCUGGGCCGGAUGUCAGGCCCGGGGACUGGUACUGCACCGUCGGCAACUGCGGAGCCCACAACUUCGCCAGCCGCUCCAGCUGCUUCAAGUGCGCUGCUUCCAAGGACGAAUCCUCCGGCGGCGGCGGGUUCGACGGUGACAUGUCUCGCAUCAGAGGCUACGGCUUUGGAGCAGGAGGAGGAGGAGGAGGCGGCGGUGGUGGAAGCAGCCGCUCCGGCUGGAAAUCUGGUGACUGGAUUUGCGCUAGGGUUGGGUGCAACGAGCACAACUUUGCAAGCAGGACCGAGUGCUACAGAUGCAAUGCGCCAAGGGAAGCCUCCAUUGCCGGCGCCGGCGGCAACAAGUCUCCCUAUUAAGCCGUUGCCAAACGAAAAACUUCCCCCAUGCAUUUUUGGGUACGUAUAUGUUUAUUUUCCACAUACAAUAUUGUUCUAUAAUCUCGUGAAGCAUCUAAUAUUCAAUUGUACCAAUCCUUUACAUCGACUGAAGUUCAUGUUUGUGAAUUGUGAUGCCUUUAUGAUAGUGUUACAAUAAUUUUAUGAAAAUUUGCUACAACGGUACGUGUAAUAUUAACACGAUUUAAGACUUUAAUUUUUUUCUAGGCGCAUCGUCGGAAACAUCAGAAGAGAGAAGAAGGGUUGCUGCUAGCAAGCUAGUUUAGAUCAUAUAAGAAGGGCAAAACGAUGGGUCGUGGUCACUACUCCUAUUUUGGGUCUCUGCUAAUUUUGGUCCCUUCUCUUUGUUUUCUUUUUCUUUCUGGAUUUCUACCAACUUUGUUUCAAUGGAGCGAAAGUAGUAAGCUUUAUUAAUUAGAAGGAUUAAAUUCUGGUUGCAUGGUGGAAGGCUAGCUAUGUGGACUGUGGAGGAAGGAAGGAAGGAUGAUGAUGAUUUCAGCAUUUUGUGAGCUUCGAGAUUUUCUCUGCUAGCUGUUGGGUUGAUUAUUAUUAUUAUUAUUAGUAUGAACAUGUAGUAAGCACUCUACGAUGAUGGUCUCAGCGUCCUUUUUUGGUUCUUGAUCAGUUUAGGGUUUUCUUUGUUCCAAUCUCCCGGUUAUUAUGUGUGUUCCUCCCUCCUCCACUUCUUUAAUUCGUACUUUAAUUACCUCAAUAGAAAAGAAAUCUCUCCACCUCGAUCUUAUUUUCCUACAAAGUGCCACAAAACAUUGACAAAACUGAAAACUCUCGAUCUCCAGAUUCGAACGCUCCUAUCAAGAAUGAUUUAAAAGAAAUUAAUCGAGAUAAUAUUGACACCACAUUGGAUAUAUAGAAACUUGGUUACAAUUCUUCAUAAUCAAAUAUCUCAUUCAGUUUUCCAUAAAGAAAAUUAUAUUCUUCCUAAUAGUAAGCCAGCUUUCUUUUAGUUUAGACUUUAGAUAUACUACUGGCUAGCAGCUUUAAAGCUGAAGUAGUGUAAAGGGAAGGUGGUCCAAGGAAUAUAAUAUUUGACAUGAAACAAUAAUGUCCUGUAAAAUUGAACACCACCACCAUUGCCUGUCGAGCUUCCUAUCUAUCUAUCUAUGAAAAAAGCAAUGCUCCAUGCACUUACGAGUUACGUCUGUAUAUAUAUAUAUGGACCAGUAUAUCCUCGUCUUUUUUUUGCCACCUUUCAAUGCCACUAGAUGUUUGUCGUCGUUCGGAUAGAUGUUUGGACCAACAUCAAAGUUGUUCAAUUCCAAAUUUAUUGUGGAGUAUUAUUCAUACAUACAACUCACCUUUCAUUUUACUUUCAGAAAAUUGACGCAAAGCCAUUCACCACAUGAUCACAAUAUCGGACUUUAUUAUAACAUAUGACACGUUUUAGGUCACCAUUCCUCAUCUUCAUAAAUUUCUUGUUUUCGAGAAUAAAAGAUAGGAGAGAAACGUAAGACACAAAUGUGGGAUAAGGUAAGGGCCGUUUGGGAUUUGAAUGGAUUAGGAGUGUCUGAAACCAAACCAAAUCGCCUAAAUCAAACAAGUUAAAAACUUUAACCAAACCAAACCAAUUAUCCAAAUUAACCAAACCAAAUUAUUCAAAUAGUACUGGUUAAAACGGUUAUCGAUCAUGGUAACCACACCGUUUGAACACCCCUAUGCCCAUUGCCAUUACUAUACCCGUAGAUAUGUCACACUCUUUUUCCUAACCCGGUUCGGGUCAAUCCGAGUGAACCACGGUUGACAACCUUGGGUCAGGGUGGAAAUUGUUCUUAAUUAAUCCACAUUUAUGACUUUUCCAAAAUACUGGAUCUAAGUCUAAUAAUGUUCAUUUUUGGUCAAUCCAAACGUACAUUAUAUUCUGCCUCAAAUACCACAUAAGAAUAAUGCAGCCAAACAGCG